CAAUAAAUUACACUUUGUAUUGUUUUUUCCAAAAAAGUGAUUGUGAAACAAAAACGUGCGACACAAACGAGACCAUAAAAGCAUAUAUACAGUAUAAUCACACAGUCUCUCAAUAUUUAUCUUCAAGAUAACUUUAUUUAUUUAUUCAUAUUCAUCACUGCAACUUAUUAAAUCCAUGAUUCUUUCUGAGUCUUCAAACAAUAUGCAGUUCCAAGAUGGUACUACCAGUACUGUUGGUAAAGUAAUGAACAACCUUGCACAUGUUAUGGCAAUCUCUAUCGUCGGAUUGAUUGGUGAGGAGAAGAAAUCAAUGGUUGUAGACCAACAGAAGAUCAUUCCUUAUCUACAUAAAACGGAGUCUGGCCGUGUUGCAAAACUUGAGAUAUUCUCUCACUAUUUUGCUAGGCAAAUGGGAUUUGCAGAUGCCAACGAGGUUCCAGAGUUAUGCAGAUUGGCACAGGACUACUUGAGAAAAUCGGAAGGGUGGAAAGAAAGUAUCUAUCAUUAUCUUGCCAAUGGAAAUGACCCUAAUUCACUAUAUGAAAAAUUGAUUAAUGAGUUUGAAAGAUGCAUCCUCAGUUAUUUUGCUUUUCAUUGGAACCAAGCUUCAUAUAUCAUUAGUCAGGUAUUAAGUACUGAGUCCCAACUGAAAAUAAAUCUCAAAAAUAUUCUCUUGGCUGCCACGAGAGAAUAUAGGUUUGGGAGAGUAACCAAGAAGCUAAAGGUGGCAAGAGUGUUCUCUACAUUGGUUGAAGAGAUUAAAGCAAUUAAAGCAAUAAAGGGUGACCCUCAAAGUUGCGACCUUACGGACCCUAUUGUCGACAGUGAGAGGAGUCCAGUUCUGCUGCUUAUGGGUGGGGGCAUGGGAUCUGGAAAAAGCACUGUUCUUAAAGACGUUCUGAAUGAAUCAUUUCCGCCAGAAGCUGCUUCAAAUGUGGUGGUCGUUGAAGCAGAUGCUUUUAAGGAGAGUGAUGUCAUAUAUAAAGCUCUUAACUCUAGGGGUAACCAUGAUGAAAUGCUCCAAAGUGCUGAACUGGUGCAUCAGUCUUCCACCGAUGCUGCAUCAUCUCUGCUAGUGACGGCUUUAAAUAAGGGGCGAGAUGUGAUCAUGGAUGGUACCUUAUCAUGGGAACCUUUUGUAGAGCAAACAAUUGCCAUGGCAAGAAAUAUUCACAAAUGUAAGUACAGAAUGGGGGUAGGGUAUAAAGUAGCCGAGGACGGGACAAUUACUGAAAAUUACUGGGAGCAAGUGAAUGAGGCAGAAGAACACCAAUCGGAGACAAAUUGUAAAAGGGAACUACAUACCCGAAAGCCUUACAGAAUUGUGCUAGUUGGUGUGGUUUGUGAUGGUGGUCUUGCUGUUGUUAGAGGCAUUAGGAGAGCUAUCAUGACAAAAAGGGCAGUGAGGGUGAAAUCACAAUUGGAAUCUCACAAAAGAUUUGCUAAUGCAUUUCCAAGUUAUUGUAAACUUGUUGACAGUGCUAAGCUAUAUUGCACAAAUGAUAUUCGUGGUCCACCAAAGAAAAUAGAGUGGAAGAAUGAUUCUCACAAUCUACAAUUGGAAGCUGAAGUUCUCAAAUGCUUGAAAAUGAUAAGCAGUGUAAAUACUGAUGCAGAUUCCAUCUACGAACUUUAUAAUGAAUACAACCCUACUAUGAGACCAGGUUCUGUUUGGAAUAACAUUGUUCUUUCUCCUUCAAAGUUAAAUGAUCAGAAAGAAUUAAGGGAAUCCAUUCAGAAAAUAGAAAAAUCCAUUAGAAAACAAUAAUUACUCCCUCCAUCCUUUUUUAUAAGUACAAAGGUGCUUGUAAAAAAAUGGAGGGAGUAGUUAUUGUUUUCAUUAAGAAAAGUUGACAUGGUAAUUAUUGUAUAUAUUUAGUGUGUCACUAUUACUAAAACAGCUAUGACAUAUGUCGCGAAAGAUUUCAUCCGAAUUUUUCAAGAACACUGUUUUAAUA